AUGCUGACUUUUGAUGAAAUUCUAGGGAUAGUAUAUCUGCUACUGACUGUAAUUGGAUUCCUAGGGAAUUACAUCCUCUUCUUUCUAAACAGCUUUAAUUUCCUCAUUGCUCAUAGAACAAGACCUAAAAACCUAAUUAUCAUCCAUUUGGCUUUUUCCAAUGUCAUGGUACUUCUCUUUAGGGGAAUACCUACCACAACAAGACUUUGGAGGGUGAAAUGUCUUCUGGAUGAUACUGGGAUUAAAAUCAUAACAUACAUGCAGACACUAAGCCGUAGUCUUUCCUUGUGUAGCACCUGCCUCUUGAGUGUCUUCCAGGCCAUCAUUAUUAGUCCCACCAACUCUAUUUGGGCACAGCUCAAAAAGAUUGCACCAAAAUGUAUCCUUCCAUGUAUUCUUUUUUGCUGGAUCUUCAAUCUACUCUUAAUUAUGAUUCUAAUUCUAUAUCAUGAUGGUCCAAAGAACAGAACAAAUAGUAAAUAUGGUUGCAACACUGGAUAUAGAUAUCUGGAUAGAUAUAAUAAGAAUCAGUUUAAAAUGGUAAUCAUAAUAUGUAUUUAUGAUUCUUUGUUUGUGUGUCUCAUGACUUUUUCCAGUGUCUAUAUGGUCUUAAUCCUAUAUAAACACAAGAAGCAUGUAAGUCAUAUUCAUAGUAAUAGUGUCUCCACAAAAAUAUCCCAUGAAACUGUCGCCACCCAAGCUAUCUUGCUUCUAAUGAGCAUCUUUAUUUGCUUUAAUGUUUUCAGUCCAUUUUUUGCUGUGUAUAUAUUUUAUUUCAAAUAUGCACACAGUUGGAUGAUACACACCUCAGUCUUUUUGUCUCUGUGGUAUCCAGUAGUCAGCCCUCUGAUUCUGAUCAGCAUUGAUUCUCAGAUCCCCAGAACUUGUGUUCACAGAUAGAUUGAAAAGGCAUGGGGUAUCCAUUACCCUGUA